AGCAAGCUGGUGCAGGGGAGGACGGACAGACGGACGGACGCCGGGGCUGCGGCAACCCAGGGACACCCGUGGGUUGAGCACCAGCUGCGGCGCAUCCCGUCCCCUCUGCGCCCAGCCAUGUCCCUGGUGGUGAAGGAGAAGAACCACGUGCGGUUGGUCUUCUUGGGUGCUGCCGGCGUGGGCAAGACAGCCCUCAUCCGCCGCUUCCUGAUGGACACCUUCGAGCCCAAGCACCGGCGCACGGUGGAGGAGCUGCACAGCAAGGAGUACGAGGUGAGCGGGGCCACGGUCAAGGUGGAAAUCCUGGACACCAGUGGCAGCUACUCCUUCCCGGCCAUGAGGAAGCUCUCGAUCCAGAACAGCGAUGCCUUCGCCCUGGUCUACGCCGUAGAUGAUGCCGAGUCCUUCGAGAGUGUCAAGAGCUUGCGGGAGGAGAUCCUGGAGGUAAAGGAAGACAAGUUCCCUCCCAUCGUGGUGGUCGGCAACAAGGCAGAGAGCGGCGGCGAGCGGCAAGUGCCGGCGGAGGACGCCCUCUCGCUGGUGGAGCUGGACUGGAACAGCCGCUUCGUGGAGACGUCGGCCAAGGACAACGAGAAUGUCCUGGAGGUCUUCAGGGAGCUGCUGCAGCAAGCCAACCUGCCCAGCCGGCUCAGCCCGGCGCUCUGCAAGAGGAGGGAGACGUUGCCCAAGGAGCAGGCGCUGCGGCCUCCCAUGAACAAGACCAACAGCUGCUCGGUGUGCUGAGCCGGCCGCCCAGGGCCGGGAGGAAGGCGCCGGCAGCAGCAGCACCGGCUGGAAACUCAGGUGGGCUGGGUGGGGAGAGGCGCUGCCUCGGCCAAAACCAACCCUGCUGCCUCCCACCCCUUCCCUCCUCUUCCCCACCCAGCCCGCCAGGACCGGUGAGAGUUGGAGAUGACACGGAGGAGGGACUUGGAAGGCAUGCUGGUUGCUGGAAGGGCGCGGGGAGAGAGCAAGUUCCCAAAAAGGCAGGAGGCGUACCUGGGAAACUGCCGUCCAUCAGCUAGCACGCUGCAUCUGUGCUGUGGUGAGCUUGCAGGCAGGCAGGCAGGCAGGCAGGCAGGCAGGCAGGCAGGCAGCUCCUCGCGUACUAGGAAAGGCAGACAAACAACAGGUCUUUGGCUGCAUGCAUCAGAAGGCAGACGUGGGCAUCUGUGCAGCUGCAUCGCACCCACCGGUGCCGCUCUCCUGGGUCUCGGUUGGGUCCUGUGUCACCUCGCCCCAAGCACUUGCACGUACAACCUCCUGGCGCGGCUACGGUUACCACGACAGAUCCAAUGUCCAAAGUAGUUUCAAUUUUGUACCUUGGUGUAGAGCAUGCGAUAGGGCAGUCUAUGCAUCCCUUUGGUUUUCUCUUUUCUGUUUUUUUUUUUUGGUUUUGGUUUUUUUUUUUGUUAAGCGUACCCAAUAAACACGUUGUUGCAAAGUGGA